AUGGAAUCGAAUAUAGCUGACCUCGGACGAUACCCCCGGAAGAUCAUGCAAAUGUUUUGGGAUCCCGAGCCAGCCAACGAUGUGAACAGUGACCAGCCCGUUUGGUGCCUGGGCCGCUCUUACAAGUUAGACGACUCCAGCUCCCGAGCUGCAAGCAAGACGGCGUCCGUGAGCCACGAUGCACCAGAAUCUAGCCCACCAGAUACCGCUGGCGCCUCGCCUCCGGCCCAAAGCUCUCCCGCCGUAUCCAAAUCGCCAGCAAAUGCGCUCGAAACGCCGCCGGCGUCCACCUCGAGCAGCCUCUCAUCAGCUGUAGCUGACGAGGAGCCGCCUCCGGGAACAGGGUGGCCCGCUGGAUUCGUGGAAGACAUGUCAUCUAAAUUCUGGAUGACUUAUAGAUCCGGCUUUGAGCCUAUACCAAAAUCUGUUGACCCAAAAGCCGCAUCUGCGCUCUCAUUUUCUAUGAGGAUCAAGAGCACGCUUUCAGAUUCAGCUGGCUUCUCUUCCGAUAGUGGCUGGGGUUGCAUGAUUCGUUCUGGGCAGAGCCUACUCGCCACAACCAUCGGUAUUCUGCGGCUAGGCAGAGACUGGCGGCGCGACCAAUCCCAAGAAGAGGAACGCCAUCUUAUAAGCAUGUUCGCCGACGACCCAAGAGCCCCUUAUUCCAUUCAUAAUUUUGUACGCCACGGGGCCACAGCUUGUGGGAAAUACCCGGGCGAGUGGUUUGGUCCAUCCGCCACUGCUCAGUGUAUUCAAGCUCUUACAAGCUCCUCAGGACUUUCUCUAAAUAUAUACUCACCUAAUGACGGUCAGGAUGUUUACGAGGAUAGUUUUAUGAAGAUCGCAAAGUCCGAUGGACAAACAUUCAAUCCGACAUUAAUUCUUAUACGGACGCGCCUCGGCAUCGACAAAAUCACUCCAAUAUAUUGGGACGCACUAAUUGCUGCUCUCCAUAUGCCACAGUCUGUUGGUAUUGCUGGCGGCCGCCCUGCAUCUUCUCAUUACUUCGUGGGUAGCCAAGGGAGUUACCUAUUUUACCUGGAUCCUCAUCAUACACGAAAAGCCAUUCCAUAUCACGAUGAUGUAACCAAAUAUACCGAAGAAGACAUCGAGUCAUGCCAUACCUCUAGGCUGCGUCGCAUUCACAUCAAAGAAAUGGAUCCGAGCAUGUUGAUAGGCUUUCUUAUCCGUACUGAGAGUGACUGGACGGAAUGGAGACAGUGUGUAGAGAACGUCCAAGGGAAAACCAUAAUCCACGUGGCAGAUCAUGAGCCUGUGCUGUAUAGCGGCGAGGGCAGAGAUGGCGCGGUGGAUGAAGUUGAGCUAUUGAGUGAUGAUGACGAUAUGACGGUAACUUAA